GGGAAGGAGGGGGCAUCAUUCUCUUUCCUGAAUCAGCGUCAACAUCCAAACCACGCUAAUCCUCAUCACCGGACACCAGCGUUGAUUUGCAGGAAUCCUCACAUAAUGGAAAAUGAUCAGCCGUGGUAGAUAUUUUUACACCGGAGAUUAAAAGGUGGACACGCUGCCAGGCAUGACCUGAAACCGUCAGACAUUCUCCAUCAACAUGGGCAACCAGGAGGCAAAGCAAAGAAGAGCUCCAGCCGCUGGUAAUGGAAGCUACCCUUCAUUAGAAGAUGGACCGGGCGAGGGAAGAGGGGACACCACAAAGAGUGGUGGUAAGAAACACCACAGUAAGAAUGGCAUUAAAGGCACAGGGGCAGGGGGGAAGAUGCACGGUACAGCGCCAGACAGGAAAAAAAACAAACACGAGGCCAAGUCGUCUGUUUUCUCUAUCCGGAAAAGAAAGGCUCAUUCGAAAGGGAAAGGAAAUGCGUGCUCUUCAUUAACAGGCUCAAGUGAGGAUGUGCUUGCGUCUCAACAUGACGAAUCGGCCAGAAAUAAAACGCCUGAUAUGUCUGCGGAUGAAGUGGGGCAGUCAGACAUUGAAGCAGAGUUGCCAGACAGCAAGAAGAAACAACAAGGAGAAACCAAUGGAGAACCGAAGCCUCAUAAAGCAUCAGUCGCAGCAUCAGCAGCUUCUCCCACACAGGAAAAAGAGCAGAAGGCAGGGAGUUCCGGUUCUGAUACUGACAUUUACAGUUUCCACUCAGCAGCAGAUCAGGAUGAUUUGCUAGCAGACAUCCAGCUUGCUAUCAGACUCCAACACCACCAUGGAGUGCUUAAAUCGGUUGCUCAGGAAAACGUGCAGCAUGAAAGUAAUAUUAGUUGCGAAGGAGAGGGGAGGAGAAUGUCCAAUGCUGAAACACUUGAAUUAGAGCUUGGGUCCGAUGCGCUUUCUUUCCUAGAGGGCGGAACUGAGCAAGCAGCGGGAUUGAACACCCUCACGGACGUACCCAAAAGAAAAACACACGAGGAGAUGGAGGAGCAUCACGAUAUGAAUGGGAAUGGAAAGGAGAAAAAGUCCUCUGUUGGUGGUAUGACAAAAGACCAGCACGCCUGUCUGCAGCAGUCCCCUCCCACAGUAAUCGCCAUAGCUACACUCCACCCAGUUACCACGGCAACUAGCAGUAGCAGCCUCCCCGAUCCUACGCUGGACAGCACAAGUCAAGGCCCGGCAGAGCAGCAGGAAACAGGAGGUGAAAAUAAUGAUGAGUUGUGGGAGACUCUUCCUGAUCACAUUAUUGUAGACAGCCCCGACACAAGCAGACAUGCCAUGGAAAGGAUGAGUUCUGGGACACCAUUUGAAGAAGGUGAGAACGACUUUGGCAUGGGUGCAUUUGAGGAAAGCUUGAGUACUUUGUUGGAACGGUGCCAUGAUGCUUCCCCCUCCAGUAAACAGAGCAGGAGAAGCAGUGUUUGCCUUACACCUUCCCAAGGGAGCCCCACAUUGGCCAAACACAUUCUCAGGUCCAACUACUCCUCUUUGAACCCUGUGGUGAAACCUUACCCUCCCAUCUUCCCUUCCUACAUUAAGACCACCACCAGACAACUCAGCUCCCCAGGACACUCACCAGCUCUGUCCCUAUCCCCCAGCCCCAUGUCUCCACAAAGAAGCCAUCAUCACUUGCAAAGGAUGAUGGGGGGCAGUCACCAGGUUCCAAGGCAGCGCUCCCAAAGCAUUACUGGGCCUCUGAGUCGCUCGGCUGACUGGACAGAGGAGCUUGAGAGGAGAAUGAGAUGCAGGGAAGCAAAUGGUGGGGGGUCUGUGGAUUUUGAGGAAUACAGCCACAGGAGUGGAGGAAGUCAACCAAUUUGUGCUACAAGGAGAUCUUCCUCUGGACAGGUUUCUUCUUGCAGUUGCCAAGAUGUCUUCACAGGUAGAACCCUCCUGGAGAAACUCUUCAUGGAACAGCAGCAAGAGGAGCCACAGGAAGCUGAGAGGCUCUGCUCCAGAAUCUUAGCCAUGGGUCUUCUUUUGCCUUUUACUGAUUGCUUCAGACAGCAGCUUGAAGGCAGUACUGCACACAUCACCUGUACUGGAGCAACCAAGUUUGAUCAUAACCGGCUGUAUAAAUGGGCAGCUGUUAACCAGCCACCCGUUUCCCUUGACCAUCUUGAAGGGAGGCUACCAGGUAACCCCAAAGACCCCUGGCUGUUAGCCAGGCCAAGUGGAAACCAGACAGGAGUCCGAUCCACAAAUCCAGAAAAUCCUACAGGAUUGGGUUUGAGGCAGCAACAAAACGACAACCAACAAUGCCAGGAUGAUGUUUUACUAAAAACAGUAAAACUUAAGGAAAAACAUGUGAGUGUUAUCCAACAGCUGGAGGAAACCAUUGAAGACCUCAGGACCAAGAUUGCAGAGUUGGAGCGGCAGCCUCCUCUUCAGGACACAGACCUAAAACCUACUCACACAGACAAGGAAUGUGGAGGAGACGAAUGUCUUUUUAGGGCUGUUUGUGAUGCUCACCUUCAGACUGAAGCAGCUCAGGCUCUGGGCUGUGCAGAGGCUAAAUCAGUGCAAACAUCACCGAUGGGUGACAGUUUCAAAUUUAAAGUGCCUUAUAUUGAACCCAGUGGAGUAAAUGGCUUCCUUCAGUUCCCAAUCAAACAAUGUUCAUGUCAGGAGCAACCCCAACGUUUACCAGAUGGGACAACUCUAUCUUUACCAGAACAAUCAACAGCACCAAUACUUGUAGGGUCAAUACCAGCCCCACCCCCGCCUCCUCCUCUUCCUGAUGGACCUGCUCCACCCCCACCGCCUCCUCUUCCUGGUGGUAUUGCUCCACACGCACCACCUCCUCCUCAUGUUGGACCCACUCCACCCCCACCGCCUCCUCUUCCUGGUGGUCCUGCUCCACCCCCACCGCCUCCUCUUCCUGGUGGGGUAGCUCCACCCCCACCGCCUCCUCUUCCUGGUGGUCCUGCUCCACCCCCACCGCCUCCUCUUCCUGGUGGGGUUGCUCCACCCCCACCGCCUCCUCUUCCUAGUGGGGUUGCUCCACCUCCACCUCCUCCUCUCCCUGGUACUGGUAUUCCACCCCUGCCCCCUCCUCCGCUCCCCGGUGUAACUGGUGCACAUCCACUACUUGGUUGUGGGCCGCCCCCACCCCCUCCUCCUCCGGGAGCAACCUGGGUUCCUCCAGCCCUUCCAGGAGUUUGGGGGUCCCUGCCUCCUCCUCUGCCGUUGGAGCUGUAUACUCUGGGCCUUACUCAAGAGAAGCCACCCAAAAAAGCAGUAGUGGAGCCUCCCAGACCCAUGAAGCCACUGUAUUGGACCAGAAUACAGCUACACACAAAAAAGGAAAUAUCUACUGUGUCCGUGUGGGAGAAAAUAGAAGAGCCUGAUGUAGACUUCGAGGAAUUUGUGGAGUUGUUUUCCAAAACAGCCGUCAAGGAGAAGAAGCAGCCACUUUCCGACACAAUCACUAAGUCCAAGGCCAAACAGGUUGUAAAGCUUCUAAGCAACAAACGAUCUCAGGCUGUGGGAAUCCUGAUGUCUUCACUACACCUUGAUAUGAAAGAUAUCCAACAUGCCAUCUUGAAUUUGGACAACACAAUAGUUGACCUGGAGACCCUGCAGGCACUGUAUGAAAAUAGGGCUCUGCCAGAGGAGCUGGACAAGAUUGAGAAGCAUAUGAAAUCCACAAAAGACAAGCAGAAUGCUAAACCUCUGGACAAACCUGAACAGUUUCUUUACCAGCUCUCUUUGAUUGCCAACUUUUCCGGACGAGUUUUUUGUAUUCUUUUCCAGUCGAGCUUUUGUGAGUGCACGUCAUCCAUAAUGAAGAAACUGGAUAUAUUGCAGCGGGUAUGUCAGGUGUUGCAGGAGAGUAAAAAGGUGAAACAGGUCCUAGGUCUAGUCCUGGCUUUUGGAAACUUCAUGAACGGAGGAAAUCGCACAAGAGGCCAAGCUGAUGGUUUCACCCUGGACAUUCUUCCCAAACUCAAAGAUGUCAAAAGCAGCGACAGCAUGAAAAGUCUUCUGUCGUACAUAGUUACAUACUACCUGAGGAACUUUGAUGAGGAUGCUGGAAAGGAGACAUGUGUUUACCCUCUCCCUGAGCCCCAUGAUUUGUUCCAGACUUCGCAAAUGAAGUUUGAAGACUUUCAGAAAGACUUGACUCGACUCAGAAAAGACCUCAAAGCAUGUACCUCAGAGGUGGACCGAGUGUGCAAAGCUUCAACUGAUGAUAACCUGCAGCCUUUCAAGGUCAAGAUGGAGGAUUUUCUUUCACAAGCUAAACUUGAACUUGAAACAUUUGAAACUCAUCUGAGCAGCACACACACACUGUUCCUGGAGCUCACAGUGCUCUAUUCAGUCAAAGCAAAGGGCGGAGAGAAGGAAGUUUCACCAAACACUGUUUUCUCCGUCUGGUAUGAGUUUUCUUCUGACUUCAAGGACAUGUGGAAGAAGGAGAACAAAACUAUCCUUAAGGAGAGGUUAAAAGUAGCAGAGGAGUGUUUCCGGCAGGUCAAAGAGAAGGCUUCCUACAGUGUUAAACCCAAACAUGCCACAGGAAUCAAAGCCAAGCUUGGCAUGAAGAUAUGACUUUGAAAGAGCAUUCAGGUUCGUAGUCGGUUCAGAGAUGAACGUGCUGAUAUUACAAAUAAUGUACGAUUCACUCAUGUUUUUUCUCUGCCGGCUGAAAAUGAUCAUGAAGAGUUUAUAUUUAAAUGCUAGUAACUUGUGUUCUAGUUAUUCAGCAUCAGUGAAUCACGCAAACACAAGAUAAACGACACUUCACGAGUCACAAGUUGGAGGAGCAACGAUCUGAAUUUGAAUCGAGUUCUUCUGGAUGACCUUGAAGAGAGACUCGGAAAAUGCAAAUAGAAUAUUGUUUGAAUAUUUUUUUGAAUUGUGAAAUACUCAAAUGUAUUAAAGAUGAGAGUGGCCUUCAUUCUCCAACAGAAAAUGUUGUGCUUGAUUAUAAUUACACAUUUUUCUAAAGUCACAUGUUGUUUACAUUUCACAUUUUGCCAAACGGAUAAAAGUUAUUGAGUGUGACAUGUUUAAGCAUAUCGUGGUUCUUUUUUCUAAUAUUAUGUAGUUUAACAUAAAACAAUUACAUAGUCAUUGGAAUUUUAUAUUCCAGCACUUUACACAUACUUUUUCCCAAUAUGGUUUUAGCUUUGUACAGCUCCAAAAAUAUGGGUAUGAUGUGAAUUUAAUGAGUUACAUUGUCUCCAACAUGGCUAAGAUGUUAAUAGUAUUUUACUUUGAAUCUUAGGUGCAAUAAAAAACACACACAUUAAAAACCCUCUAUUGUUGUGAACUAGUGGAAAUAAACUGGGUUAGACACAUUUCAUACCAUUCCUCAGAUGUAAUAUCUACUUCUAAUUCACUUCCCCAUGUUGACUUGAAAUAGAAUAUUAAAUCAUCUUUACAUUCCAAAAUACUCUCAAAAACAUGGAGAUAACUUUAGUACACUAACAAUAGUCUCUAACUUGUAGAUAUCUAAACAGAUCGCUGUUAUGUAAUCCAAAUUUGUCUUUCAGUGUUUGAAAACUCUGCCAUUCCUUAUUUUCAAUGACAGUACCUACCUAUUGCUUUAUUACCUUUCCUUGUCCACUGGCUUGAAUUGGUGUCAACGGCUAUCCAUCGGUGCACUU